AUGACAUCAUCAUCACAACAACAACAACAACAGCAAGUUCCUGAAAUAAAAACAGUAUCUAUGACUGAUAUUGAUUGGAAACAACGUUGUGAGCAACUUAAAUCUGAACAUCAACUUGAACUUGAACGAAUUCAUCGUCAUUAUGAUAAUGAACUUAAAGAAAAAGUAACUGAAAUUCGUAUGAGAUUAAAACAUGAAUAUGAUCAACAUUUUGCUGAAUUUCGAGAUCGUCUAUUACAACAACAACAAUUACAUAAUAUUAGUUCGAAUAGUUUAAAUCUUGAUCAUAGUAUUGGUGAACAAGUUCGUGAACAAAUUCGUAUUGCUCAAGAAUAUGAUCAAUAUGAAGAUGAACAACGUCGACAGUUGCUAUCACAACAACAACCAAUCGAUAAUGAAGAAUCUAAACGGCUUAUCGAUAAAUUACAUACAGAAGGUGUAAAUGUUUUAACAUUAAGUGAAUUACUUUCAUUACAAUUACAUGGUAUUAAUCUCAAUACAACAGAUAAAUCCAUAGGCUCAUUACAAAAAUUACAUGAAGAAAAUAAUUAUCUUCGUUCACUUAUUGCUAAUAUGAAUGCAAAUGAAAGUAGUAAUUUAUUAAUAAAAUGUCUUGCUGAUAUAUUUCGAUGUGAACAAGAACGUCGUUUAAUUGAUAUACGUGAAGAAAAAAAUUGUAGUGAACUGGAACAAGAAAUUCAUCAUAUGUGUGAUUAUCAACGUAAUGCAUUAGGUAAAUUAUUAUCACAAGAUCGUAUUAUAUUAAUAAAUGAACUUGAACAAACAAAAGAACAAUUAAAUUCUUUACAAGAUAAUUUUCAACAAUUAAAAAAAAAUCAAAAUCAAUCAAUAAUAGUAAAUUCUCAUCAUUUAAAUAAAUUUUAUUUAAAAUUUCUUCGUUGUGAAGCAUAUCGAAAAGCUUUAAUUUAUCAAAAACGUUAUUUACUUGUUUUAUUAACUGGUUAUGAAGAUACAGAAACUUAUGCAUUAAAUGAAAUACGACGUUUAACAGGAGAUAUUAAAACAAUUUCAUUUAAUUAUGAUAAAAUGAAAUUAAUUCCUAAACAACAAUAUACUCGACGUUCAUUUAAUUAUCGUUUUCGUUUUCGGUGCUAUAUCACAGUUGUUAUUGGAAUGAUUCGAAUGCGUUGGCUUGCAAAAAAAUGGGCAAAAAAAUUAGCAACUAUUCGAUGA